CAGGCAACUUUUAGCUGGUUCUAUAUUAAAUAAUCGUCCUCUGCCUCUCGGCGGCCGGAAUUCGCCAGGACUACGCCUCCAGGCGUCGUUUUUUCUUAAAUUGCCCGUAUGCUUACAGGUCAAUUUGCUCAUUAUAUUUGGGUAGUUGACGCCGGGUCCUGGGAAGGCUCCCAGCACCCAUGAAAAGGUCAGCCAGACGUCAUCGUAGGGCUAGAAGUCAUCACUGAAUGCCGGAGCCUUCACGGAUUGUCUCCCUGUAUCGUGCAUAGUAUGGCUAGCACGGCUGCCACGUUCCCCGCUGUGCCAGCAAGACCCAAUGGCAAUUUGGACGUACAAACAGCUAACACAUCAUCGCAAAGCUCCGCUGAGAAGAGCAACAACACGCUCAGGGAGCAGCAGCCUGGAGCCCCUGCCAACAACGGGAGCAGUGCGUCAGGCGAGGAUUUCGACACGGAUUUCGAGCUCCAGCUCCAAGGCACCACUGGCUCGGACUGGACGCCUGAGGAGCUUGUCGUGUUGGAGAGCGCCUUAGCUCGGUUCCCAGCCGACAAGUACGCGCCAGUCGAGCGGUACAUCCAUGUCGCAGCCAGCCUACCAAGCAAGACCGCGCGAGACGUCGCUCUACGGGUCAAGGCUUGCGGCUUGGAUGAUAAGGCCCGGCGAGCCGGCUUGGAAGAUUCCAGCAAGCGCAAAGCCGGCGGCGGUGUCCAGACACGAGGCAACACGCAACAGGGAGGCAAAGGCAGCGGCGCCGGUACGGCCGGCGCUGGCGGGGCCGGAGCGGCUGGCUCGGUCGACGAUUCCUCUCCCGGCGUGCCGUUGGUUCUGACGCAACUUAUGGAACAGAAUUACCCCCUCCUGGCGCAAUUAAAUCAAACAUGGCGGCAUUCAAGGGGAUGGAAAACACAGACUUCUUUACGCUACCGGGACAACCUUCUAGGGAUCCAGCAGCAGCUUAGCAGCAUAGGCGGAACUUAUGGGUCACAUGCCUGCCCUUCCUGUGCAAGCCAAAUUUUGAGUUGGCAAGCAAGUUUUUGCCAACAGGGGGACUCAAACUGCCGCCAGCGGCGCCGCUUCCCCCAGUGGGCGGGGCCCCGGGCAGCGGCAAUGGCGCCGCCGCCAGCGAUGGCAGCGGCGGCAGCCAUCGCGGCGACGGCCGCCGCGGCGGCGUCCACGUCCUUGUGUGCGGCGGCGGCGACACCGCCCACUGGCGGCAGCGUCGGAAUGGCAGUCACUGGGCCAUCGCCAGUGGCUCCACAGGUGGCGGCUUCGCCGCCGGGCGCCGCCCUCGCAGGGGCCUCCCCUGUCGCGCCGCAGCCCUCGCUGGCGGCGCCAACGCCUCUGUUGCCUAUGAUGCCACCGUUUCCAUUUAGCCCAGCGGCAGGAGCCGCUGGACUGGGCCCUGUGCCUGGGCUUCCGCCCUUGCCGCAAAUGGCAUCCAUGGAUUCUUUCUUCGGUGCGGCGGCGGCGGGGAUGCCUGGCGGGUUAGGUGUCAUGCCGCCGCAGUUGAUGCCUGGGGCGCUUAACCAGGCAGCGGCGGCGGCGGCAGCCAUGGGUGCUGCAGGCAUACCGGGCGCGCAGUUUCCGUUUGCUAUUGGGAACCCGGGCAUGCUGGGCUGCAUGCCAUUAGCCGGCGGCGGCGCGAUGCCGGCGCCUGCCAUGCCUGACGCAGGGACGCCGGGGGUUGCGGCGGCCGCUGGUGUGGCAGCGGCGGCCGCUGUACAGCAGGUGGCUUUGCCGGUUGGGGUUCAGAGCAGCAUGGCACCAGCGCCGAGUAUGUCGCGGCAAGGGUCGGCAAUUCAGCCGGUUGGUGUACCGGUGACUAUUAAGCAGGAGAACGGAAUCUGA